GCUUGGUUGUGUAGGUACCAAGAUAGGGAUUUCUAGUACCUAUAUAUAGUGUAGCCAGAUCACUCGCUCGCUCACUCAUUCUUGUCUUACUUCGCAGUCACCCUUCGCAUUCCAGCCAAACUGCUCAAAGAAAUCUUAAGCUAGAUACUUACUCACCUGAAUACCCACCUACCUCACCCAAGCAAACCACCACCAUGAAGUUCUUCACCACCCGCCUUUCCCUUUCCCUUUCCCUUUCCCUUUCCCUUUCCCUCCUCCCCCUCAUCGCCCUCAUCACCACCGCCGCCUCCAUCCCCAUCUCCGAGCGCGCAGAACUCGCAGCGACGACGUGCGGCUCGACGUCGUACACGGCGACGCAGGUGAACCAGGCGGCGCAGAAGGCGUGCAGCUACUACAGCUCGGGCGACGCGCCCAGCGGGUACCCGCACACGUACAACAACUACGAGGGGUUCUCCUUUGUCGUCUCCGGGCCGUACCUUGAGUUCCCGUUAUUGUCGAGUGGGAGCGUGUAUACUGGUGGAUCCCCUGGGCCGGACCGGGUUAUCAUCAACACAUCAUGCAAGCUGGCGGGUGAAAUCACGCACACUGGUGCAAGUGGGAAUAACUUCGUGGGUUGCUCGGGGACAUCUUAG